UCGGAACCCCUCCUUUCGCCUUCCCGCCCCCUCCGCUCCGCCUCGAGCACCGCGCGCGCGCAUUCGGCUCCAGCCACCGCUAACACUAGAGGCUGCUUACCCCCGCCCCCUCCACCCUACCCCUGGCGGCCUCAGGCGACUCCGAGUGAGGCUGAGGCUGGGGGCGAAUCGCCGCAGAGCUGCGUGUCGGCGGCGCAUUCUGAUUGGACAGCGGGGAAGCCCGUCAGCCUGUUGGCCCCGCUGAUCCCGCCCCGUAGCGCAGGGCAGCCUUUAACCUUUAGCCCCAGUGGGCGCCAGCCACUCAGAUCGCUUCUUGUUGGUAUGUGUAGCGGCAGUGGCCGCCGGCGGAGCAGUCUGAGCCCGACGAUGAGGCCGGGGACGGGAGCUGAGCGUGGAGGCCUCAUGAUGGGGCACCCUGGCAUGCAUUAUGCCCCAAUGGGAAUGCACCCUAUGGGUCAGAGAGCGAAUAUGCCUCCUGUACCUCAUGGAAUGAUGCCGCAGAUGAUGCCCCCUAUGGGAGGGCCACCAAUGGGACAAAUGCCUGGAAUGAUGUCGUCAGUAAUGCCUGGAAUGAUGAUGUCUCAUAUGUCUCAGGCUUCCAUGCAGCCUGCCUUACCGCCAGGAGUAAAUAGUAUGGAUGUAGCAGCAGGUACAGCAUCUGGUGCAAAAUCAAUGUGGACUGAACAUAAAUCACCUGAUGGAAGGACUUACUACUACAACACUGAAACCAAACAGUCUACCUGGGAGAAACCAGAUGAUCUUAAAACACCUGCUGAGCAACUCUUAUCUAAAUGCCCCUGGAAGGAAUACAAAUCAGAUUCUGGAAAGCCUUACUAUUAUAAUUCUCAAACAAAAGAAUCUCGCUGGGCCAAACCUAAAGAACUUGAGGAUCUUGAAGGAUACCAGAAUACCAUUGUUGCUGGAAGUCUUAUUACAAAAUCAAACCUGCAUGCAAUGAUCAAAGCUGAAGAAAGCAGUAAGCAAGAAGAGUGUACCACAACAUCAACAGCCCCAGUCCCUACAACAGAAAUUCCGACCACAAUGAGCACCAUGGCUGCUGCAGAAGCAGCAGCUGCUGUUGUUGCAGCAGCAGCAGCGGCAGCAGCAGCAGCAGCUGCAGCCAAUGCUAAUGCUUCCACUUCUACUUCUAAUACUGUCAGUGGAACUGUUCCAGUUGUUCCUGAGCCUGAAGUUACUUCCAUUGUUGCUACUGUUGUAGAUAAUGAGAAUACAGUAACUAUUUCAACUGAGGAACAAGCACAACUUACUAGUACCCCUGCUAUUCAGGAUCAAAGUGUGGAAGUAUCCAGUAAUACUGGAGAAGAAACAUCUAAGCAAGAAACUGUAGCUGAUUUUACUCCCAAAAAAGAAGAGGAGGACAGCCAACCAGCAAAGAAAACAUACACUUGGAAUACAAAGGAAGAGGCAAAGCAAGCUUUUAAAGAAUUAUUGAAAGAAAAGCGGGUACCAUCGAAUGCUUCAUGGGAGCAAGCUAUGAAAAUGAUUAUUAAUGAUCCACGAUACAGUGCUUUGGCAAAGUUAAGUGAAAAAAAGCAAGCCUUUAAUGCCUAUAAAGUCCAGACAGAAAAAGAAGAAAAAGAAGAAGCAAGAUCAAAGUACAAAGAGGCUAAGGAAUCCUUUCAGCGUUUUCUUGAAAAUCAUGAGAAAAUGACUUCUACAACCAGAUACAAAAAAGCAGAGCAAAUGUUUGGAGAGAUGGAAGUUUGGAAUGCAAUAUCAGAACGUGAUCGUCUUGAAAUCUAUGAAGAUGUUUUGUUCUUUCUUUCAAAAAAAGAAAAGGAACAAGCAAAGCAGUUGCGAAAGAGAAAUUGGGAAGCCUUAAAAAACAUACUUGACAACAUGGCUAAUGUAACAUACUCUACCACUUGGUCUGAAGCCCAGCAGUAUCUGAUGGAUAAUCCAACUUUUGCAGAAGAUGAGGAGUUACAAAAUAUGGACAAAGAAGAUGCAUUAAUUUGCUUUGAAGAACACAUUCGGGCUUUAGAAAAGGAGGAAGAAGAAGAAAAACAGAAGAGUUUGCUGAGAGAAAGGAGACGACAGCGAAAAAAUAGGGAAUCUUUCCAGAUAUUUUUAGAUGAAUUACAUGAACAUGGACAACUACAUUCUAUGUCAUCUUGGAUGGAAUUGUAUCCAACUAUUAGUUCUGAUAUUAGAUUCACUAAUAUGCUUGGUCAGCCUGUUUUUUCAUUAGGAUCAACUGCACUUGAUCUUUUCAAGUUUUAUGUUGAGGAUCUUAAAGCACGUUAUCAUGAUGAGAAGAAGAUAAUAAAAGACAUUCUAAAGGAUAAAGGAUUUGUAGUUGAAGUAAAUACUACUUUUGAAGAUUUUGUGGCAAUAAUCAGUUCAACUAAAAGAUCAACUACAUUAGAUGCUGGAAACAUCAAAUUGGCUUUCAAUAGUUUACUAGAAAAGGCAGAAGCCCGUGAACGUGAAAGAGAAAAAGAAGAGGCUCGGAAGAUGAAACGAAAAGAAUCUGCAUUUAAGAGUAUGUUAAAACAAGCUGCUCCUCCGAUAGAAUUGGAUGCUGUCUGGGAAGAUAUCCGUGAGAGAUUUGUAAAAGAGCCAGCAUUUGAGGACAUAACUCUAGAAUCUGAAAGAAAACGAAUAUUUAAAGAUUUUAUGCAUGUGCUUGAGCAUGAAUGUCAGCAUCAUCAUUCAAAGAACAAGAAACAUUCUAAGAAAUCUAAAAAACAUCAUAGGAAACGUUCCCGCUCUCGAUCGGGGUCAGAUUCCGAUGAUGAUGAUAGCCAUUCAAAGAAAAAAAGACAACGAUCAGAGUCUCGUUCUGCUUCAGAACAUUCUUCUAGUGCAGAGUCUGAGAGAAGUUAUAAAAAGUCAAAAAAGCAUAAGAAGAAAAGUAAGAAGAGGAGACAUAAAUCUGACUCUCCAGAAUCUGAUGCUGAGCGAGAGAAGGAUAAAAAAGAAAAAGAAAGUGAAAAAGACAGAACUAGACAAAGAUCAGAAUCAAAACACAAAUCGCCUAAGAAAAAGACUGGAAAGGAUUCUGGUAAUUGGGAUACUUCUGGCAGUGAACUGAGUGAAGGGGAAUUGGAAAAGCGCAGAAGAACCCUUUUGGAGCAACUGGAUGAUGAUCAAUAAAUUAUACCAAAUAUAUGUUUACAGUAUGAUUUAAAGUCUGAUUCAGACCAGGGACUCUAUUUUAAGUUCAACUGAAAUAACACUGGGUUUUAAUUAUAUCACAGGAAAAAAAGUGCAUUUAAGUAUUGUUAUUGUGGACUUUAUAAAAGCAAAGGAAAUUGAAAAUAACUUUUGAUUCUGUAUCAAGAAUCAUAUUUUCAUACAGUCAUAACUGUCUUUCUGUGACCCUUUCACAGGGCACUGUAGGAUGGAUUAAAGGUGGCAAUUUACUGAUAACUGCAGAUGUCUCUACUUUGUUCUAAAAUCUAAGUCAUGAGGUGAUUUGAUUUACUUUAUAGAAGCUGGAUUUUGAAGAUAUAAUGAAAAAUUUUUUGAUAAUACAGUAGUACAAAAAAAGCACCAGCAACUGAUAAAAACUGCUUUUUUGUGCACUACCCAACUGGUUAAAGCCAAUGUGAUCUUUUAUGGUGAAACUCCUAAGAAAUAGGUGGUUUUGCUGGAAACUUGGUAGACCCUUAAUUAUAGUGGUGCUAAUGAGCACUACUGUAAUAUGAAGCCACCAUUAUUUUUUAUCAAACAUCUGAAUACAUUUUACAAAGGCUAUUGUGAGGGCAUUAUUUUGAGCAUCUAUUUUGAGGUGAUGUUUAAAAAAACUUUAACAUCAAAUCAAAUUGUAAAUUAAUUUAAAUAUAUUGCCUUAAGGACCUACUAAAGAAUGUGCCACCAGACUUUAAGUGAUAGUUGCAAUAUCCUUGUCUAAAAAAAAAAAAAGUUGACUUAAACAUUUUCUUUAACAGUUGUCUUUUUUUUCUAAAUUCAGUCUUUCUCUUGCUUUUUUUUCCCCGUUAUUGAGGAAGUAUUUUGCCUUCCCUACUCACUGAGAAGUAUUGACUUCGUGGUACACAUUCUAAAGCAUUUCUGAUUUGAAUAUUUUUGUACAUUUUUAUCAAUUAUUAAACCUUCUCUUCUAGUGUG